ACUACCUCCCCCAGACCUCGACCUCUCCUCCCUCCGUUCCAACUUCCAACCGACGCCAACGACUUCAACUUCACUCCGUUCCGUUCAAACUUUCCGGCCGCGGCAACGUGCGACUGACCGACCGACUGGAAGCUCCGCCUCGCACGCCUCUUCUCGUUCACAGGAUGGUUCUGCCCAUGUCGCGGGCGACGAGGCUGGUGCCGGAGCUGCCGCUGCUGCGGCGGGGGAGGCGCCCGCAGGUGGCGGACGCUGGGAACGAGGAGGAGCUGGCCGUGCCGGCGCACUUCCGGUGCCCGAUCUCGCUGGAGCUGAUGAAGGACCCGGUCACGGCGCCCACGGGGAUCACCUACGACCGGGAGAGCGUGGAGGGGUGGCUGGCGCGGGGCCGCGCCACGUGUCCCGUCACCGGCGGCCCCGUGCGGCUCUCCGACCUCGUCCCCAACCACGCCACGCGCCGCAUGAUCCAGGACUGGUGCGUCGCCAACCAGGCCGAGCGGGUGCCCACGCCCAAGGUGCCCGUCGCCGAGGCCGACGCGGCCGAGGUGCUCGCCGCCGUGUCCACCGCCGCCAGGCGCGGGAACGCCCCUGUGUGCGGGCAGCUCGCCGCCAGGGCUAGGGCGAUCGGCAAGGAGAGCGACCGCAACCGCCGGUGCCUCGCGGCGGCAGGUGCGGCUCGCCAGCUCUCGUCGGCUUUCCAGAGCCUCGCCGGGGAGCCCGUGGAGGGCACCAGCGCCGCGGUAAUGGGCGCGCUGGGGAAGAUCUUGGCGGCUCUGACCGUGUUCUUCCCGCUCGACGACGAGGCGCGGCGCUGCAUUGCAUCCCCGGCCUCCCUUAAGACCCUCGUCUCGGUGCUCUCCCACGGCGACCUCGCCGCGCGGGCCAGCGCCGCCAUCGUCCUCCGCGAGCUCGCCUCGUCCGCCGACCGGCACACCGUCGACGUCAUCUCGAGGACGCCGGGCGUGUGCAGCGCGCUCGUCGGCCUCGUCAGGAACCCCGUGUCCCCGCAGGCCACCAAGGCCGCGCUCGUCACGGCCUACUACCUCGUCUCCGGCAGCGACCGCGCGGCCGCCCGCUUCGCCGAGCUAGGCGCGGUGCCCGUCGUGGCGGAACUCCUCGUGGACGCUGACAAGGGGACGAGCGAGAAGGCACUGGCAGUGCUCGACAGCGUCCUGUGCGCCGACGCCGGACUCGAGUCCGCGCGCGCGCACGCGCUGGUCGUGCCGGUGCUGGUCAAGAAGAUGUUCCGCGUGUCCGACAUGGCCACGGAGUUCGCCGUCUCCGCGCUCUGGCGCCUCUGCCGCGCCGCGGACGCCGGCGCCGGCGCGUGCUGCGCCGAGGCGCUGCGUGUGGGCGCCUUCCAGAAGCUGCUCCUGCUGCUCCAGGUGGGCUGCGGCGGCGUCACCAAGGACCGGGCCAGCGAGCUGCUCAAGCUGCUCAAUGGCUUCAGGGGCAGCGUGGAGUGCAUCGAGACGGUGGACUUCAGGGGGCUCAAGAGGCCAUUUUGAUCGGUGUAGAUGCUGGAUUUUUUAGCGUCUGCUUUCACCCUUUGUUUAGAUUGUUUUGGGAGCUAGAUUAGAUGUGUGCAUAAAACAUACUCCAGGAUGACUAGAUUUUGAUUUUUUUUUUCUUUACACUGUAAUUGCAUACUUGGUACACAAAAUGAUCAACACAGAAGAGAACUGAACAUUGUUUAA